AGGGAUAGGUUGAGACGAAAUCCUUGAAGUGGAUGAAAAAGAAAAUGAAGAGUUUGAGAGUGUGUUUCCUCAUUUUCCUUUUAUUGGAAGCCCUGUGGUGUGAAGGAUGUUGGAGGGAAGAGAGAGAAGCACUUUUAGACCUACGUUUCCGUGAACAACCCGGUGAUUGCUGUGAAUGGGAAGGAGUGCACUGCAAUCCCUCCACGGGGAGAGUGGCGCAACUCGAUCUUCCUUUCAUCUAUGACCAACAAUAUAUAAAUUACUCCGAUUUUUCUGUCUUCAAAGAUUUGAAGAACCUCUCCUUCGCAUAUAACAAUAUAGUUGGUUGUGUUGGGGAUGCAGGUUUAUGCUCAACAUUGAGGAAUCUUGAGGUCCUUCGGUUGUCCUAUAACAACUUCAACCAAACUGAUAUUGGCUCUGCUCUCAGUGGAUUCUCAUCCCUCAAGUCUUUAUAUUUAGAUAACAGUGCAUUGAGUUGGAGAUCGAUUUACAACAAUAUUUCAAAAUUGAGUUCUUUGGAGUUCCUUGACUUAUCCUGGAACAACUUAAACGAGUCUGGCAGUAUGUUGAGGCCUUUCAAAGAUAAUCAGACCUUUAAAUGGCCAACCAAUUUACGACAUUUAGAUCUGCGGGUAAACAGUUUGAGCAACAGAUUUGUUCCAUAUCUGAGGGGUCUUCCACAUCUUCAGUUUCUUGAUUUAAGCUGCAAUCAAUUCCAAGGAGAGCUAGAUAUAAGCGGAUUAUCCACUUUCACCAGUCUGAAGAAUCUCGAUCUAAGUUUAAAUCAAAUCAACAAUUUUGUGGUCUACGAAGGCUUACAAAGUACAAGCACAUUGGAGGUCCUUACUUUAGAUGAUAAUGUGAUAGAUGGGAAGAAACUAAGGGAGUCCCUACGAACUUUAUCGUCAAUUAAGAUGCUUUCUAUGCGUUGGAAUAAAUUUAAAGGAGCAGUUGUGGCUCGAGAUUUUCAUGAUUUAAAAAACCUAGGAAGUUUGAUACUAGAUGGAAGUUCUAAUCUGGAAAAUGAUUUUUUUCAAAGUAUUGGAGAUUUGACUUCUUUGAAAGUUUUGUCACUUUCCGAAUGUUACAUAAAUGGCACACUUCCUUCAGUUGAUUGGUUUAAGCUGAAUAAGCUGGAAGAGUUAGAUCUAUCCCAUAAUCACUUCGAAGGAUUACUUCCGUCGUCUUUUGUAAACAUGACAUCUCUUCGAACGCUGAAAUUAUCUUAUAAUUACUUCAUUGGAAAUUUUGCUUAUAACCUUGCAAGUCUUACUUCACUUGAAUAUUUUGGUUUCGAAGAAAACCAAUUUGAGGUACCUAUUUCUUUUACACCAUUUGCCAAUCAUUCAAAUCUUAAGUUCAUUCAUGGUGAUGGCAACAAAGUCAUCAUGGACUCAUUGUCCCCUUUGCAAAAUUGGAUUCCGAAAUUUCAAUUACAAGUACUUAGUUUGUCAUCAACAACAGACACAAAUUCUAUUCCUUUCCCCAAGUUUCUUCUUUACCAAUAUAACAUAACUAGUCUGGAUUUUACCAGUUGCAAGUUGGAUGGGGAAUUUCCUAACUGGCUGUUGAAAAAUAACACACAAUUGGAAGUCAUUAGUGUCAGAAAUUGCUCUUUUAGGGGUAAUUUUGAGGUACCAUCACGUCCUCUUCUUAAGAUAACGACGAUUGAUGUGUCUGACAAUUUCAUAACUGGUCAAAUACUUGGCAGCAACAUCAGUUCAAUCUUUCCAAAUUUGAUAGUUCUGAACAUGUCUAUAAAUGACAUCCAAGGUUCAAUUCCUCGUGAAUUCAGCCAAAUGCACUUUUUGAAUACAUUGGAUCUUUCUGACAACAAUUUUUCAGGAGAAAUACCGAAAAACAUAUCUAGCGACAUGCUCCGAUUUUUGAAACUUUCAAAUAAUAAGCUACAUGGACCAGUGUUUCCUACUUUAUCGACUUUGAAGUAUUUGGAAGAGUUGUAUUUGGACAGAAAUAGUCUUUCUGGAAGUAUAGAUAGUUUUUCUAUCACAUCGUUGGCGACCUUGGAUCUAAGCAAUAAUCAUUUAGUGGGAAAUUUACCAAGUGUGAUGGGAAAUGUUUCGAGGUUGAGAGUGCUUUCAUUGUCAAACAAUAAUCUGGGAGGAUCUAUUUCAACAAGAUUUGUGGGACUGAACGCUCUGGAAUAUCUAGACAUCUCAGGAAAUAAUUUCUCUGGUUUUUUACCGUCUUUUGCUAAUUCUUUCGUGAAAUUCGUCCACAUGAGCAAUAAUAGGUUUACUAGCUUGUCCAAAUCGACAUUCAACAUAUCUUCAUUGAUGAUUCUUGACCUAAGUUACAAUAGAAUAACCAGUAAAAUUCAAGACAUGAUAUUGGAUCUUGAAAAAUCAUCAUUGAACAUUCUCAUAUUGAAAGGGAAUAACUUUUCAGGUCAUAUACCACAACAUGUAUGCCAAUUAAAAAAACUAUUUAUACUAGACCUUUCAUUUAAUAAUCUUUCUGGUUUGUUACCCGGUUGCUUGGGUAAAAUGCCUUUUGUGGACGAGAACUUUAAAGAAUUAAGUCUUAAUGGUGAUUUUAGUUCCUGGUGGGUGGAUACAUAUUUAAAUGUGACAGAAAAGGUGAACUUUACUACAAAGAAAACAUCCUACACUUACAAAGGGGAUAUCCUUGGUUAUAUGUCUGGCAUUGAUUUAUCCAAUAACAAAUUAACUGGGAAUAUUCCGUCUGAAUUUGGAAACUUGAUAAGAAUCAGAGCAUUGAACUUGUCCUACAAUGAUUUAAUUGGACAAAUUCCAGCUUCAUUUUCCAAUUUGGUACAAACAGAGAGUUUGGAUCUUUCUUUUAACAAAUUGAGUGGUAAAAUUCCUCCUCAAAUAAGUAGAUUGUCUUUUCUUGCCGUAUUUAGUGUAGCACAUAACAACUUAAGUGGUGAAACACCAGAGCGGAAAGGUCAGUUUAUUACGUUUGAUGAAAGCAGUUAUGAAGGUAAUGCUUUUCUUUGUGGACCGCCACUGCCAAGAAGUUGCAAUCCUUAUCUACAGCCACAUGCUAUUUCACCAAAUAAUUCUCACACUGAUGGCGGCAAUUGCAGUUUCAUUGACAUAUUUGUUUUUCGGAUAAGUUUUGGUGUGUCAUGCACAUCGACAGUCCUGGUAAUUGUAGCAACUCUCUAUAUUAAUCCUUACUGGAGACGAAGAUGGUUCUAUAAUAUAGAAUUUGUGUGUACAAAUUGUUACUACUUUAUCGAGGACAUGGUUUUGUUCAAGUUUUCAAAUAACAGAAGUACAUAACAUGUCACCUUGUGAUAAUGAUAUGACUAAGUGAGAUGUAAAACAAUUAAGAGUUUGGAGAUUGAUUUGGGAAUGCAUUUUAUUUUAUUUUGGAUGUAUUUUGAAUAAUUUUUAAUUAUUGAAUAGUUUUAAAUGUUUUCUUAUUAUUUGAAAUAUAUGUUAUUGA